AUGGCAUGCAUACACUUUGAAGAAAACACUCCAGUCAUCAUGAAUAUUCUAGAAAUGUCCAACUCCACAAUUGAGAGUCCCGUUUGCCUUAAUGUCCUACGCCUCAUUCAGUUAACAGGCAGAUUAGCCCCAGUUUUAAUAGAUCAUCAACACAAGCCUAAGUGUACGUCAUUACACUCUACUCAUUCACGACACAUCAUAAACGCCUUCCAAUCAUACCAGCGCCAAAACAUGGGCAAAGUGGUAGUCAAACUCUUCACGUCCAUCUCACCCUACGAGACAAUGCAUGAUGAGAUAUGCAUGCUAGCUGCAGACACAAGAGUAUGCAUGUUGAUCUUGCCUUUUCACAUGCAAUGGAGAUCCAGACAGAUUUCGAAAUCUGCAAACCCCAUUAAAACAUUGAACCGCCAUUUGCUCGAAACUACACCUUGCUCUGUUGGGAUCUUGAUUCAACGAGGCAACUUGAUUCGAAACAACACUUUAAACACACUGUCUUUCUACAAUGUUGGGAUUAUCUUCGUAGAAGGUCCAGAUGACCGUGAAGCAUUGACAUUCGCAAUGCGUAUGGCCGAUCACCCAAAUGUGUCGGUCACAUUAAUUCGGUUACUGGAGCCUUGCAAUAAAAGUAUAAAUUCCAUUGAUAGAGACCCUGAUGGUGACUUGGUUCACAAGUUUAAGGUCGACUACAUCGAAAUCAAACGCCACGAUUACAGGGAGAAAAUUGUGGCAGAUAGUGUGGAAAUGAUCAAUGUCAUAAGGUCAUUUGAAGGUUGUUAUGAUUUGGUUUUGGCGGGUAGACGCCACGAUAACGAGUCUCCAAUGCUUAGUGGAUUGACAGAGUGGCAUGAACAUCCGGAACUUGGCUCUAUAGGAGACAUGUUAGUGUCUCCAGAUUCUGCUUUUGAUGGGUCUGUGUUAGUGGUGCACCAACAAAGUAGGAUAGGGGUUGGUCACGAUCAUUUUCAAUUAGGCAGUUCCAUCUAUUCACAAAUAAACACUAUGGAAGUGUGA